AUGAACCGAAAUUCGAUUGCAGCAUGUACAAAAUGCGUACAUACAAUUUCACGAGCAACAGUUAAUCGGGCGCAUCCGGUUUCGGCAACUUGUCGGCCGACAUCGAGUCGAAUUCAUUCGGUAAACCGAGCGUUGACAAUAUCACGACACACAUCGUCACGAGCGCUAUCAAACAGUUCAUUUGCGCAAAACAAGGCCUGCAGAGUAUCUGUUUCGCCUAGAGGACGGUCAAUACGUUCCUUUGCGACUGCGCACGCUGCCUCGGCAUUACAGCAAGGCGAUGGAGAGGGAGAAGGUCCUAUACCCGAGUACGAAAGAAGGGUCAAGGCGGAUUUGCUAAGAGAUGAUCCGCACCAGAGGAAUAUCAUCAGCCACCUCCAAUGCCUUCAUGAUAUGUUAAAGUCGUAUACGCCUCCGCCAAUCGUCCACCCUUCCCCAGAUGAUCUCCAAGAGGACGCGAAAUCGUCGUUUUGGGGCUCCCUUUUCGGACGAGGUGCUGCCCGUUCGGACGUUCCGCGCCCACGUCCUGAAAAUCUAGCCAGGGGACUUUAUAUGUACGGAGAUGUUGGCUGCGGAAAGACUAUGCUUAUGGAUUUGUUUUACGACACCAUACCUUCGAAUAUAAAGAGGAAGAAGCGAAUACAUUUCCAUAAUUUCAUGCAAGGAGUGCAUAAAGACCUUCACGCCGUCAAAAAGGCUCGAGGUCGCGAGUUUGAUGCGUUACCCAUGGUUGCGGCGAAUAUUGCGGAGACCGCUAAUGUUUUGUGCUUUGAUGAGUUUCAGUGUACGGAUAUCGCAGAUGCUAUGGUGUUGCGAAGAUUCCUGGAGCUUUUGAUGUCUCAUGGUGUGGUCAUGGUAACCACUUCAAACCGACAUCCUGACGAUCUUUACAAGAAUGGUAUCCAAAGAGAGCAUUUCAUUCCAUGCAUAAAGUUACUCAAAAAGGAGCUCGAAGUUCUCAAUCUAAACUCGGAAACCGAUUACCGCAAAAUUCCACGGCCUCCUUCUGGAGUUUACCACCAUCCGUUAGACAAAGCAGCUGAACAACAUGCCGAGAAGUGGUUCGAGUACCUGGGAGAUCCACAGAACGAUCCUCCGCACCCAGCAACUCAUGAAGUUUGGGGUCGCGAAAUCCCGGUUCCCUCUGCGAGUGGACGAGCGGCCAAAUUUUCGUUUCAGGAACUUAUCGGUCGUGCCUCUGGCGCAGCUGAUUACCUUGAACUAGUUCGGCAUUAUGAUGCAUUCAUUGUGACCGAUGUUCCUGGAAUGACCAUCAGAGAGCGUGACUGGGCACGACGAUUCAUUACAUUCAUUGACGCAGUAUACGAAAGCAAGGCAAAACUCGUCCUCACCUCAGCAGUCCCCCUACAAAACCUUUUCAUGUCCGAAGCCGAAAUCAAAUCCUCAACCGACACAUCCUCUUCUACUGACGGCCCCGAGGCCCUCCCAUCAGACAUGCGCCAAUUAAUGGACGACCUCGGCCUCUCAAUGGCCGCACUAAAGUCCACCUCAAUUUUCAGCGGUGACGAAGAGCGAUUUGCUUUUGCGCGUGCUUUGUCGCGGCUUACUGAAAUGGGUAGUAAGCAGUGGGUUGAGCGUGGAAUGGGGGUUGGUAUGGAUGUUACCCAGGGGUUAGAGGAUCGAGAUGCGUACAAGAAGACGAGAAGUAGGUGGAGUGAGGAUAGCAUGUAG